GUUAUUAAUGAAAAGUUACAAAAUAUAGUGAUUAGACAAAAAGCGCAAUAAAUUAACAACAACAUUAUUUUCAGGAGAGGUUACAAAUAUACAAUUUUAUGACAUUUUAAUGAUUUAUUCUGGUAAUUAAGUCAUUAUUAUUGUAAGGGAUUAUUUAUGAGUACUAGUAUCGUAAAUUGACACAAUAAAGCCUUAUUACGGUGUACACGACGCGGAAAAAUCCAGAUUGUGGAAAACAUUGAAAGGUAGCACAGGAGUACAAUAAGAUAAAUGUACCAAAAAUAGUACACAAAAAUUCGCAUUCACAAUGUGGUGGUAUAUUUUCUACGUAGACCCUGGUUAGGGGUGCUAAUAGGACUAUGGCUCACAAUGGUGUCUGCGCUCUGUUACUGGCGGCUGCUUUCGAGGAUCAGUGUACUUGAUGCACAUAACAGAAGCCAACUGAACAGGUCACCAUACAGUAUGCCACGAGUUCUAUCAGUUGACUCUUUAACACACCGCGCACAGGGUAGAGACGAAGGUGCACUAUGUGAGACUAUCCACUUGUCUUUAGUAUGCAUGGGCCAGUGCACUCGACAUAUCACGCCGAUGUUGAAGUCCUUGCUGCAUCAUAGACAAAAUCCGUUACAUUUCCAUUUGAUAGUGGACUUUGCCUCUGAGAAAAUGUUAAACAAAUUUUUUGAUACUUGGGACUUACCUGAUGUCAAGUAUUCAUGCUACAAUGCACAAUAUGAGCUCCCGAAAGUAGCGUGGAUACCAAACAGUCACUAUUCUGGAGUUUAUUCUUUCUUUAAACUCCUCUACACCGAUGUUUUACCCAAAUCUUUGGAGAAAGUCAUCGUGCUGGAUUCUGAUCUAACGUUCUUGAGCGAUGUCGCUGAGCUAUGGAGUAUGUUUAAAAAUAUGACUGAUGAACAAUUAUUAGGUUUAGUAGAGAACGAAAGCAACUGGUAUUACGAAGCAGACCGAUGGCCGGCGCUGGGUCGCGGCUUCAAUACGGGCGUGAUGCUUUUGAAUCUUCGCAAAAUCCACACGACCACAAAUUGGACGCUGCUGUGGCGAGAGGCCGUCAACUUUAACAUAAAGAAGUUGACAAAAACCUCACUUGGAGACCAGGAUGUUAUAAAUGCGAUAAUACACAACCACCCCCAAAUAGUGUAUAAUAUAGGAUGUCAAUAUAACGUUCAGAUGUCUACGCAGACAUUGGCCAAGAAUUGUUACGGCCAGGAUAUGAGAAGUGUUAAGAUAAUUCAUUGGAAUUCUCCUCGCAAGUACGCCGUAGAUGUGAAAGACGCAGAUUUCUUUCGAAACAGCCACCUUUUUUAUGUGAACAUUGAUGGCAACCUUCUGAAGAAGAAGCUUCAUCGCUGCUACACCCCAGAAAUAGCCACUACGUCUUUAAACAACAGUUCCAAUCUGUGCGUCAGUUUCCAUGCGAUGGCGCAUGCGAAACUUCGAACGCAUAUAUACUACAUGGACUACGCCUAUAACCAAAUAGAUGCUUUUGACGUUACGCUGGUGCUGCAAUUGUCUAUGGACAGACUACACUUCUUUGAAAGAUUCGUUAAGUAUUGGGAAGGGCCCAUAAGUGCAGCUAUCUACCUUUCGGACUGCGAACUAAAGGAGCUGGAAGUCUUCAUCCAGGAAUACUCCUCAACACUUAGCAUGCGACGCAACAUCGGAUAUCACCUGGUUUUUAAGCACGAUUCGGCUCAUUACCCGGUAAACUACCUGCGCAACGUGGCGCUGGAGCACGUGAACACUCCGUACGUAUUCCUCAUGGACGUGGAUUUCGUACCAAUGGGUGAUAUCUACCAGCAUCUACGCCAGGCCAUCAAGCUCACCAACCCUUAUCCCCAGAAGAAGUGCCUUGUAGUACCGGCGUUCGAGACGGCUCGGUACCGCGCGUCGCCACCGCGUACGAAGAUGGCGCUGCUGGCGCGGUUGCGUGCCGGCCGCGGCCGUGACGCCGACGUCGCGCCCUUCCGCCUGCAAGAAUGGCCCAAAGGACACAGAGCCACCAAUUACUCGCGAUGGAUAGACGCCACCAAACCUUACGAGGUUGAUUGGGAGCCGGACUACGAGCCGUACCUCGUGGUACACCGGACGGUGCCGUUGUAUGACACACGCUUCUCAGGGUUCGGCUGGAACAAGGUGUCGCACAUAGUUGAGCUGCGCGCGCAGGGGUUCAAGGCGGUGGUGCUGCCUGACGCGUUCGUGGUGCACACUACGCAUGCGCCCUCUGCCGGCAUCGUCGCGUUCCGUGCCAACAAAUACUAUCGCAUUUGCCUAGCUCAAAUAAAGCAAGAGUUCCUGAACGAUCUCACGCGCAAGUACAAUGUGAGCUUUGACAUUGUCAGCGGCAAGAAGAAGUACGACGAGUACGCCGAUAUAGCCAAAAACUUAUUCCUGAACGAAGCUAAAGAUGGGGUAUAGUAUAUACUAAUGGAUAAUAGAAGGAAAUAUCCAAGUUAAUGAAAAAUCGAUGCUGACGACGGAUACAUAAACAGCAUCAAAAUA